GCAAAUCGCAGUACCUGUGGAUGAGAGACGUGGACAGGAGGGUGAGAUGGCCUGGUUUGCCCUCUACCUCCUGAGCCUUCUCUGGGCUACAGCUGGGACUAGUACCCAGUCCCGGAGUUCAUGCUGUGAGUAUGAUGUUUUUCCAAUGAGGUCAGGGAAGCAGUUGCCCUGGGGAGGGGCUGUGACCUCUGACACUGAGCUCUGCUGAUGAGAAAGUGGUUGAAAAUAGCAAUCACUAUAGGAAUUCCAAAAUGGCGGUUCCCUCAGCCCAGGAGCCCUUGGUCAAUGGCAUACAAGUACUUAUGGAGAACUCGGUGACUUCAUCAUCCUACCCAAACCCCAGCAUCUUAAUUGCCAUGAAUCUGGCUGGAGCCUACAAUUUGAAGGCCCAGGAACUCCUGACUUACCAGCUCAUGUCCAGCGACACCAACGAUCUAACCAUUGGGCAGCUUGGCCUCACCAUCAUGGCCCUCACCUCCUCCUGCCGAGAUCCUGGGGAUAAAGUAUCCAUUCUACAAACACAAAUGGAGAAUUGGGCACCUUCCAGCCCCAAUGCUGAAGCAUCAGCCUUCUAUGGGCCCAGUCUAGCGAUCUUAGCACUGUGCCAGAAGAACUCUGAGGCGACCUUGCCGAUAGCCGUCCGCUUUGCCAAGACCCUGCUGGCCAACUCCUCUCCCUUCAAUGUAGACACAGGAGCAAUGGCAACAUUGGCUCUGACCUGCAUGUACAACAAGAUCCCUGUAGGUUCAGAGGAAGGUUACAGAGCCCUGUUUGGUCAGGUACUAAACGCUAUUGUGGAGAAUAUCAGCAUGCAGAUCAAAGAUAAUGGCAUCAUUGGAGACAUCUACAGUACUGGCCUCGCCAUGCAGGCUCUCUCUGUAACACCUCAGCCACCUAAAAAGGAAUGGAACUGCAGUAAGACUAUGGAUAUGAUACUCGAUGAGAUUAAGCAGGGGAAAUUCCACAACCCGAUGUCCAUUGCUCAAAUCCUCCCGUCCCUGAAAGGAAAGACAUACCUAGAUGUGCCCCAGGUCACUUGUAGCCCUGAUGAUGAGGUACAACCAACUCUACCCAGCCAACCUGACCCUGGCCCCACCUCCGCAUCUAACAUCACUGUUAUAUACACCAUAAAUAACCAGCUGAGGGGGGUUGAGCUGCUCUUCAACAAGACCAUCAACGUGAGUGUGAAAAGUGGGUCAGUGUUGCUUGUUGUCCUAGAAGAAGCACAGCGCAUAAAUCCUAUGUUCAAAUUUGAAACCACUAUGACAUCUUGGGGCCUUAUUGUCUCUUCUAUCAACGAUAUCGCUGAAAAUGUUGAUCACAAGACAUACUGGCAGUUCCUUAGUGGCAUAACACCUUUGAAUGAAGGGGUUGCUGACUACAUACCCUUCAACCACGAGCACAUCACAGCCAAUUUCACGCAGUACUAAGGAAGAGGUGGGUUCAGCUUCUAUCAAACAUCUUCAAAGGAUGGGUGAAAUUUUUUCCAGUUCAUUUUAAAUCUAUGCAAAAAAGUGAAUGUCUGUGAUGCUACCAUAUUCCUGGAAAACCACAAUGUAGAAUAAAAAUGCAAAGUUCACUGGAGUCUCAACAUCUAUGACUCAUGAAAAUAAAACUUUCAGCUUCUCAA